ACGACUUCCCUCAGCAGGUGCAUUUAUCCAAUUGACUUAGGCGUAUUAGUUGCAAAAGUGUAGGUGCGCACGAGUUGCUUUAAAUGCUAAUGUAUUUAAAGUUUUUCUUCAUCUCAAUUAUUGAUCCAGUCUUUUAGGCUAUUUACUGGAACUGCACGGACCACCACGUUACCGGAUUGAUGUUUACUGAAAUGGUGUCCAAGUUGACGUCUCUUCAACAGGAGCUACUUAGCGCCUUACUGGAUUCUGGGGUCACCAAGGAUGUACUUGUUGAAGCGCUUGAGGAUUUUCAUCAUUGCCCGCCUGGUUUCGGGAUAAAAACUGAAAAAUCUUUGUCCCCAGCUAGUAUCAAUGGCAGCAGCGACAAUGAUUCAAAGCCGGUGUUCCUCACACUUUCCAGCGCGCACAAAGGGAGUAAACUAUCCGGAGACGAAGGAUCCGAGGACGGGGAUGAUUUCGAUACGCCACCGAUAUUGCGCGAGCUGCAGUCUCUGAACACGGAGGAGGCUGCAGAACAGCGGUCAGAGGUUCAGCGGAUGUUAUCCGAGGAUCCAUGGCGGGCAGCACGUACCAUUAAAAGCUACAUGCAACAGCACAACAUUCCGCAGCGCGAGGUGGUGGACGUGACGGGCCUGAAUCAGUCUCACCUGUCCCAACACCUUAAUAAAGGAACCCCCAUGAAAACUGCUAAACGUGCCGCCCUCUACACUUGGUACGUCCAAAAACAGCGCGAAAUUGACCGACAGUUCGACCGUGUUCAGGGCUCUGACCCCAGUGACUCAGGCAGUCAGGAUCAGGUCCUGUUUUUUUUCCCAGAGUUCAACCAUGCCGGGCAGAGUGUGGGCACUGCAGCAGGGCCUGGAGGACCGCUUGGGGAAGAGGGGGAGCCGGGUUCAAAGAGAGUAAGGAGGAACCGCUUCAAAUGGGGGCCUGCAUCUCAAGGUAUUCUGUACCAGGCCUAUGAGAGGCAGAAGAACCCCAGCAAAGAGGAGAGAGAGGCACUUGUGGAAGAAUGCAACAGGGCUGAAUGUGUACAGAGGGGCGUGUCACCCUCUAAAGCUCAUGGUCUGGGCUCGAACCUGGUCACAGAGGUGCGUGUCUACAACUGGUUUGCUAACCGGCGCAAAGAGGAGGCCUUCAGGCAGAAGCUGGCUAUGGACACAUACCCAGUUCACAGCAUGAACACCCUGCUACCUUCCACACCAACACACAAUCAGCACCAUCACAGCAGUCCUGACACAAAAGUCAGGUAUAACCAGCAGGCAGCCAGUGAGGUCACUUCCUCAAUGACCAUCAGUCACCAUGCCAACAGCCAAUCAGUGUUACAACAGGUGUCUCCAAGUGGUCUGGACGCUUGUCACAGCCUGUUAUCACCCGAAGCCAAAAUGAUCUCAGCCUCAGGUGGCGUCUUGCCCCCAGUAAGCACUCUGACCAAUAUCCAUAGCCUGUCACAGUCUUCUCACCAUCACCAACAGGCCCAGAACCUCAUUAUGACACUUGCUGCUCAGAGCCUGAGCUCCUCUCCAUCGCAGGGUGUGCCAGUCAUUAACAGUGUGUCAGGACUGACCACUCUGCAGCCGAUGCAAUUCCCCCACAGCUCUGGCCUCACACCCCUCACCACUGCACACUCCCACCAGCCAUACGCACACUCACACGUAUACUCCCCUAAGCAGGAGCCUCCUCAGUACUCCCACGCCUCCCGAUUCUCCUCCAUGGACGCCAGCACGAUCUCUCAUCUGGGCUCCAGCAAGCAGUGCCCUUUACAAGCUUGGUGAGAGCAUACCUCUGUGAAAGAACUUCCUUGGCAGCUAAGCAACAGGAGUGCCUUACCACAGUAGCCAUGGUGACCCCUCAAGGCAUAGGAACAUCAGAUAGAGCACUGUUUCUGCAGAAGACGACGAAUAAAGAUUACGGAAGCCAAGAGGAUGGAUCUGUGAGCACUCCCUGAGACAUUUGGACGACUCAGCCCUGUGGCCUGAUUGAUGGUCUUUAUGGGCGAUGAAAUCUCUGCAGUUUCAAGGCAGUUUCUGCUCAUCUUUUAAGGAGUUUAAAACAUCAAGGAAAAUUAAACAUCCUUACACAUGCUGACCAAUCAUCACUAUCCAUUAUGUACAGUUUUCAGAGACCUCUGCUAGAUUUUCUGCUUUAAAAUGUGUAUGGAGGUGUACCAUAAACCCACUGCAAGGCAUGCAUGGACCUCUGUACUCAAACAAGCUCAGAGAAUAAUCUCAACCUAAAUUGUCUGGAUAAGAUUGUAUGCCAUAUUUUGAAAUUGUAAUUUUUCUGAUGGUAAAAUGUGGAUUUGGUUUGCAGUAUGAGGUCAAGAAAGAGAAUGUAAUAGACAAUUUAUCAUGGACAAUGUAUUUUUAAUCAUAAGUUUUGAUCUAGUACAAUUUUCCAAAUCAUGUUUGUAUCAUGAAAUUUCCUGUAUUUUGUAGGAUAUAAAAAUUGUAUCUAUUGUUUUUUGUGAAUCUGUCCAUCUAGUGGACCUGCACAUAAUGAUCAUCCCACAAGAUGCAAUCAAUGUUAUUGUCUCUCAGGGACUGAUUUUACACUACCCUGUUGUGAAAGUGUGCGAAAAAAGGUUUUGACUUGUUUUUUAGUAAAUUCAUAAAUUGUUUUAAUCAUAUUUAUAGUCUUGUAAAAAUAGUGUAUAUUGAAAUUAUUUUUAAAGAAUAUC